UGUGUCCGCAGGCGCCUCUGCGCUUCCGAGCACGAUCAAAUAGGCGAUCAGCUGCGAGCGAGUCUGAGUCAGUUCCCUGCCCCGAGCACUCCCAACCUCCUUCCACGCCUCUGGGCCGUCCGCCGCUGACAGCGAAGACCGUACCCUGCCUUCCCCGUUCUCAGCAAGAUGUCUGCAGAGUUCCAGCACGGGUGGUACAUUGGCAACAUCGGGAUCAGCAUCCUCUACGGGAUCGAGCUCGUCAUCUAUGGCGCAUCCAUGCGCGUGCUGUACCAGCGCAAGUCGCAGCACCGAAAUAGAGUCGACAUAUUCUUCAUGGUAUUCAGCACUGUCCUCCUCCUGUGCUGCACCAUCAACCUCGCGGCAAACUGCGUCUUCGGCGAAGAGUGGUGGAUCGUCAACCAGAACUAUCCUGGUGGAUCCGAACAAUGGUUCGCCGACAACGCCGCGGUAUGGUACCAGACCUGGGCUUCCGCUGCGAACGUGCUCGUUCAAAUCCUCGCGGAUGCUCUUUUGAUCUACCGUUGUUUCGUGCUCUGGCAAACCCCUUUCAUCAUCGCGCUGCCAUGCCUCGUCUGGCUCGCCUCAGUCGGCCUCGGGAUCACGACGCUCUACUACUCGGGGAGCCCGGGCGGAAACGACUACGCGGGGCUCGCGCAGACGACGAGCACGGCGUACCUCGCGUGCACGAUGGCGAUCAACAUCUCCAUGACCGUGCUCAUCGUCGGGCGCAUCAUCUACUUCGCGCGCACGACGGAGCGCGUGCUCAUGAACGGCAGCACGCGCCAGUACUUCAGCAUCGCCAGCAUCAUCGUCGAGUCCGCGCUGCUCUACACCGUCUUCGGCCUCAUGUACCUCGUCACAUUUGCGAUCGGGAGCGACCUCGGUGCGCUCUUCAUGAGCUUCUACGCGAUGUUCACGGUCAUCUCCCCGCAGCUCAUCAUCCUGCGCGUCGUCACCGGCUCGGCCUGGGACCGCAAGACGCACAACAACAUGACGACGAUCUCGUUUGCGGAUCGCUCAAUGAGCGCGAACGCGACCGCCGGCAGCCGCACUCUCAACAACAACAACAGCGGCCACAUCUCCUUGUCCAAGACCUCGCUCCGCGACGGCUCUCUGCGCGAGUCAAAAUUGGAGUCGCCCUUGGAGUAUGACGCGGUUUGAGACUCUAAUGAGCAUCAUGGGGCUUAUGGGCUUUGAGGCUUAUUUUAUCGGAUCUACCGAGAGGAGGCGCGAGGAGCGGUGCGAUUGUAUUUGUGUACCAGUAUCUAUCGACUGCUGAGAGUGCCCUCAGCACGCUCUUUCCUAUCGAUUAAUACCUUCAUUCAACUGUGUAU